AUGCCUCAAUUCUACCUAAUAGUAAACGCUCUGCUGCGGAAGAAGCUGCCUCUCUGGUAUGAACGCGUCUACCGCGUCGUGGCUGUUAGAGAGAUCGAAAGCGAGGGGCGCCGGACUAGUUACGGACCAUAUCUAGAGGAUUUUGAUGAAGAUAUUUCAGAACUGGAAUUGGAGAGUAGUGGUGCAUGCCACUGUGCCUCGGAUACUUCAGAAUGCGAAUGCGAUCUUGACGAACACGAUUUUAUGGAUGAGGAUUCUGUGUACGCUAGUUCUGAUGCGGAAUGGUACCUAGAGUAUAAGGAGAUGCGAGAAGAGCGGAAAAGGUAA